AUGGAAUCGGUUGUAGCCACAGUCAGUGGAUACCACGGAUCCGAGCGGUUCAAGCUCAUCAAACUGAUAUCUCAUACUGGCGCAAGCUAUGUCGGUGCUAUGAAUCAAUCCACGACACAUUUGGUUUGUUGGAAAUUUAACGGGAGGAAAUACGAGCUUGCGAGGAAGUUCAAGAUGGUUAUAGUUAACCAUCGAUGGGUUGAAGAUUGUAUAAAAGAAGGAAGACGUGUACCAGAGUAUCCAUAUCUUUCCCGAUGCGGGCAGGAAGUUGGGCCCUUACUGUUGGAUAUUCCACUUGUUGCUGCUAAAGCAAGCUUUUGCAUCGGCAAUCCAAUGUAUGCGUCAAGUUUAAAGAACCUGUGA